AUGCCCAUUCCUUUCCUGAUGUACGUCAUCGGCCAUGGCCCUCCAGACUGGCUUCGCGACAACGCAUACACCAUCUUGACCGUCACGACCACCGUAACGUUGCUCUACUUCUUGAAGAGGUGGACCUCUGGGCGGUUGAACACCUCGGAGAAGAACCUCCACGGCAGAGUGAUCAUGUUCACCGGUGGCACGUCAGGCAUUGGUGCGCUCGCAGCCCAGGAAAUGGCUACCCGAGGCGCUCAAAUAAUCCUCCUGACGCAGACACCGCCGUCCGAUCCCUUUCUCGUCGAGUACAUACAAGACAUGCGCCAUCGAAGCAACAACCAGCUAAUUUAUGCCGAGCAAGUCGAUCUAUCGAGCCUACACAGCAUCCGAAAAUUUGCUACAAAGUGGAUUGACAACGCGCCGCCCAGGAGGUUGGACAUGAUUGUGCUCUGCGCUGCAACAAUGACGCCGCCGGGCGGAAAGAGGCGGCAAACAAAAGAAGGAAUCGAGGAGACAUGGAUGGUCAACUACCUGGCCAACUUUCACUUGUUGGCAAUCCUGAGUCCUGCAAUCAAGGCACAGCCUUUUGAUCGAGACGUGAGAAUCAUCAUGGCGACGUGCUCGUCGUACAUUGGAUCGCCUUCCUUGAGGGAGCCAACCGUAGACGGAAGUUGGUCUCCCUCUACGGCCUAUGCUCGGAGCAAGCUCGCCCUGACCGUGUUUGGGCAAGCAUUUCAAAAGCAUCUCGACACCUAUAAACGCCCUGACCAGCUUCCGAUGAACGCCAAGGUCAUUUUUGUUGAUCCUGGGCCGAGUCGUACGCCAGGAAUGCGGCGCUGGCUCACAAGAGGGUCGCUCUUCGGCCUGGCCAUCUACGUUCUUGGAUACGCGUUUCCGUGGCUCUUGCUCAAGUCACCAUUUAGAGGCGCACAAUCCAUUCUCUACGCAGCCAUGGAAUCGAGCUUAGCUGUGGGUCACGGCGGCAGGCUGAUAAAGGAGUGCAUGGAAGUCGACUUUGCUCGCGGCGAUUUGAGAGACGACGAAAUGGCGAAAAAGUUGUGGGAGGAAAGUGAUGCCCUGAUCGAACGGACGGAGAAUGCGUCGGCCAAGGCCAGAGCCGCUGAGAAAGCGGCAAAAGACAAGGAAGAUGAGAAGAAGAAAGAGAAGGAGAGAGUCGAGGAGAUUGAAGGAUUGGUCGAUACGAUUCGAAAAGGCAAGCAGAAACAAAAGCAAAAGCGGGAGACGGACAGCCGAAAAUUGAAGAGUGGGAAGGAAAAAAUGUAA